UCACAAAAAAGGAAAGUGGAAAGAAAGAAAGAAAUCUUGGUUGACUUUUUUUAUAAUUAUUUUCUAAUUCAUCAAAAUCAGUAUCUAAGGUUUGUUUGAUCUGGUGGGGUCUUGAAGAAUAUACAAUGUCUCAGUUUCUCUUCCGUCUCUCCAAACUAUCAUCUCGGAACAACAAUAUGAUACACGAGAGAGCUCGUUUGUUCUCAACCAGACCGUAUCUGACACUUGGCACUAGGGUCAAGGAAGUUUUGCCAGGUGGCUACAAAAUUGCAGAUAUUCUCUUGUUCGACCCUGCUGAAGAAGAGUUAGUCACGGUCCCCGACAAAACAAUUCCCAAAGAGCUCAUGGACGAAGAAAUGGUCGGUGCUUCCCAUGGAUGGGGUGUUUUCUGUGCUCGGCACGACCGUUCCGUACGCAUCAGCGACUUAUACAAUCCAUUGGCAUCCAAAUCAAACCCCACCAUGAUUACUCUGCCUCGGCUUACUGCUCUGUCCUCUAACUACUGCAACGUGGCAAUGACCUCUUCCCCUCACCUUGAAGACUGUGUAGUGGCUAUCAAGUUCGUAGGUGACCAUCUGAGUCUGUGCAGGCCCGGUCGUGACCUUGAGUGGACUAAUAUCUUGACCCCUCCUAGCUGCUUGGAAAACUCAAAUCUUAUGUAUUCCAAAAGAGACAAAAAAUUCUACUUGCCUGCUCCUGGAGGUAAAUACUUGUUCUCCUAUAAUCUCCACUUCAAGGAAGAAGAUAUCCCUGAGGUCCAAGAGGUGGUCUACCGUGGCCACCCAGAGUUGGAUCAGUCGGAAUGGGAGCUUUUGAGUUCGUGUACCAGGACGGAGCAUCUUGUGGAGUCACCCUUUCUGGUUAAUGUGAAUAGAUAAAAAAAAGAUUGUUACAAAAAUGAUGAGAACAAUUUUGGUAUCUUGAACGGCGGUGCAGGUACACACAUGGCUUCUACUCGACUGUGUUGGAAAGAAUUGACCACAUAACACAGAGGUUUAUGGUGUUUAGAGAGGAGGAGACGACAGAAGGAAGCAUCAUGUGUUACACUGAGGACAUUGGAGACAUGUGCAUUUUCCUUGCGAACAGCGAGGCUUUCUGCGUCCCCGCCAGCUCCUGCACCGGCCUCAAACCCAACUCCAUAUAUCAUAUGGGACGUGGCUUAGGUUUUUACGAUCUCACUACUGGAAACCCACAUCAGUACCUAGCUCCUGAUGGUGCACCCAGCGUUCUCACCCAACCUUACUGGCUUCCUCCUUUUUCUACCUAGAGGUAGUAGCUAUUGGGUGUGUUUGAUUAAUCUUAGUUACUCUUGACCAGUUUGGAUUGCUUCCUUUAGAUAAUGUGACUGUUGUUUUCGGUGCAAUUUCUAUACUGGUGACAUAUCUUAAGCUUAUAUAUAUAGUUAGUUAUAUAUAUAUAUAUAUUAUAUUGUUCAAGAUAUUGAUAUAUGUCUUUUUUUGUGUUAUAAUGAAAUUGAUGAACAAGUGACAAAAGUAACAAGAUUAGCAGCAGUUUACAACCAAUUGAAGGAUUUAGAUUCCUUUUGAACACUCAUCUUUGUCUUUAACCUCCUCUGCUUCACUGAGCAGAAUCUCAUCCACAAAAGCCUCCAUGUUCUUAUCACAUGACCCACCUUCUCUACCCGCUUCAACCGCUAAACGCUUCCAUUUCUCAGCGUUUUCCCUCAGCUCCACCAACCUCUCAUCCAUCAAGAUGGUGUCUGAAACCAAGACACAAUUAUACCAAAACAAGCUCGUGUCUGAAACCAUGUUAAUGCAUUCAACAGUAAACUGUGAUAGUCUUGCGUUGGAUUUCAUGCCGGUGGUCGGGAAAUCCGUUAUGAGGGUCAUAGCCGAUGUGGCCGCAGUGGAAGCCGGACUAAGCCCGAGUGACGUCAGCAACGUCAAAUACGAGGGCAGAGAAGCAUCAUGCUUUGAAAUCAGCACCGGCACUAGCAAGGAGCUCCAUGUCUUUGUUCACGAGAGUGCCAAAUUGGCUUUACAUAAUCGCCACAACCCUCAACAACCGUCAAGAGAGUGCCACUUUUGAUCGAGUCUAUGAUAUCCAGAUGCCGCAGAAUCCUAAGGGCGGGUGGGGAGGAGAUGGGGCUAGCAGCAGCUCCAAGAAGAAGUAAUGUUGGCGAGUAAGAUAGAGCUAGCAGCAGCUCCAAGAUGUGAUCUGUGAGUGUUCCUUAUGUUUGAUGUGUGUGGUGUGUAUUUCCCAGUACUAUGUUGCUUAUGAAUUAUGCUUUUAUGUUACAUUUCCUACUCUGCUUGCUGCUUAUGUAUGAUAUUUGUGCUUUCUAGACUUUGAUUAUAUAUAAAUGUGUGUGUUUUAUGAAAA